AUGCACCAAUUGGAAGUGACGCUUCAUCAUGCAAGUCGUCCGAUCUUGGAUGGUAUUUCAGGAAGUAUCAAAAAAGGAUGCGUAUAUGGCAUUAUGGGUCUGUCUGGUGCAGGGAAGACGACUCUGAUUAAUAUUUUGGCUGGAAGAAGCAGGCAGACUUCUGGAGCAACAGCUCUCAAUGGAGUCCAGGGAGACCUUACGAGAUUCAGGCAUCUUAUUGGCUUCGUGCCGCAAGAUGACAUUCUCCUCGAGGACCUUACAGUUGGGGAGAGCAUCUCCCAUUCCGCGCGUAUCAAGCUCGGGGGAAUCUGGAGUGAGAAAAAGAUUAAUAUCUAUGUUAAUAAAUUGAUAGAGUAUCUUGGGCUAACGCCCGUGAAAGAUCAGCUCGUCGGAAGCACUGAGAAGAGAGGUAUAUCUGGUGGUGAGCAGAAGCGGCUUAGCAUUGCUUUGGAGAUCGUUGCAAUGCCUAGGGCUGUUAUCCUCGACGAGCCAACCUCUGGUCUUGAUGCUGCAACUGCUUUAUCAAUAAUGAAGCUACUGAAGUCAAUCUCUGCAAUGGGAAUUACUGUUAUUUGCACAAUCCAUCAGCCACGGUCAGAUAUAUUUCGGCUUCUGGAUGACUUGCUCAUCCUGGUCUCCGGCAGGCAGGUAUAUCUAGGACAAGCAGCGAGGGUAAAGGAACAUUUCAAAGCACUUGGGUAUUCUUUUCCUAGCGGAUCCAACCCUGCUGACACCGUGAUGGAUAUUGUCUCAAGCUGGCAAGUGGGAUUGGAGUCCUUUAGGCCUUCAUCUCCCCAGCAGAGCAUGGACUUUAGGAUUGAGGUUGUUUCCGAAGUAUGCGAAUCUCGACGGGAUUCGGAGAGCGUCGCGGCACUGGAGAAAUUUGCAGUCGUUCAAAGAGCUCCUUGGCAUCAUCAACUAAUUCUAUACGUGCUUUGUGGGACGAGGCAGCAAUGUCGGCAGUUAUUCAGCUUUGUUCUGGCGAUGGUCACCGGAGCAGUCGCUGGACUUCUGAUUGGCCUAGGCAUAUAUGGAUUCCAUGGUCAAGUAUUUCAAGGUUAUUUUCGGGAGCCAUUCAAGCCACUGUCCAGUGCAGUUAAUUAUACAAGACUCCCUAUAGUGGCACAGUUUUGUUGCUUGGCGAUCAGCCUCGCAGCUGCGCCAGCUGGAAUAAGAACGAUUUCAGAAGAGAAGUUAGUAUUCUACCGCGAGAUACGCGCGGGCCAUUCAAGUACCGCAUAUUUCCUGGGAAAGGAGCUGUCUACUUGGCCAAGCAUGUUCCUAUCAUCUUUACAUUUCACGACAUUUUACACCAUCCUUGCAACACCGGUCGCCGUUCGAUUUGAGGCUUUGCUCUUGCUAAAUUUUAUAUACUUUUUCUGUAUUUACGGAAUAGCCUCUCUCGUGGCAUCCCUGGUUAGACGCCAAGACGCAAUGUUGCUAGCGAUGCUCGCAAGUAUGAUAGCCGGCAUCUUCAAUGGUGCCGGGCCGCUCCUCGCGCAGGUCAAGUCGUGGGAUAUGACCUGGUUCUGGUAUAUUUGCCCAAGCACCUGGUAUUCAGAGGCCUUCUUCAGCGAGCAUACCACUCCAUUCUCGUAUUUAUAUGAUGUUCAUGCGGCAUCAAGCUUUGUGGGCUACGUCACUGGCAGGAUCCCGUUCGAUUUGGGGUAA